GCAGUAUCUUAUCCAGUCUCACGCUACCUCAAGCCAUUCCUACCUUCUCCCCUCCAAACCACCGAGUUACAGCACAUCAUUAAAAAGGGGUUGCCAAGAUCCACACCCUUCAUUCCGUUCCUACUCAAGCCCAGACCGCUAGCAGCUGGCAUGUCUCAGUGAUGUACGGCCGCCAUAGCUCGGCCAUUUUUGUGGGGUCAAUACCAGAUCAAAAGUAAUCCCUCACCCUACAACGCUAAGUCUAAUACAUCGCCGAUUGGGUAGAACGCCCGGUCAGUGUCGUGGUGGCUGAGCUUCCUUUUGAAGCUGACCAACAUACUCGAGUAUAAAUACGGAACGUCUGUCUUCCCCCAAUACGUUCUGCUCCUUGCAACACGCCGCUUCAAAAGACUUCUCUAUUUACUCUUAGCCAGGAGAGCCAAACUUAGGCCACUACCAAUAUGCAGAUCAUUUCUAUCCUCUCUUUGCUUCUGCCUCUUGCAGUUACCGUUUCUGCAAGGCAUGAAAUUGGUGAACAGUGCAGUGGAAGUGGCUAUGACUGCACGGCAACCUCGAAUGAGAUUGUAGUCUGCAAUGGCUACCAAUGGCAGCUUGCUGCGAAAUGUGGAAACGGGUGCUGUGUGUGGCCAGGUACCCCCGCGCCUUACUGCGCCUGCUAAAACAAAGUCCGCCAGGGGAUUCUUGUCUCCGAUCUAUUCCUGACGUGUUUACUUUAUUCUGGUUGCCCUAAUCUGUCUUCUGCUUCUUGUGGUGGAGUGUCGAGGUCCGUAACGUGAAAGGGCUCAGCUUAUAAAGAAGGGGAAAAAAUGAGGUGAUUCAUAUGUACGGUGCAUUUUGCCUUAGGAAUCUGCAUCCACACCUGUCCAGAUGGCCUUCAUGGAAUUUUUGCGGGAGGUUGAAAGCUAUAACUCAAGUUUACCAUAAUUUUGAAUCAUUUAGUGUUGCCUCUAGCAAGUUGAACAUGAUAGGAUCAGAGGUAUAUAUGGGGCAAGUGCUUUAAUCACCGGUAGUCCCCUGAGGCACAUUCUAAUAUCAUCUGUGCAACGGUACAACCAAUUAUGUAUAAUCCACUCCAUAUGCCCAAUUUAC